AUGGCGUCACUCCAAGUACGGUGGCCCGAACUGUCAGCCACUAAACAAAAAGCCCUUGAUGAUGCUCAGAAGAUGCAAAAGCGUAUCAUCGAGCAGUGCAACAAGGCUGGCAAGGAGGUGCCCCCUUAUCAACUCUCAGAGCUUAUCGGAAAGGGCAGCUUCGGUCGCGUCUACAAGUCCAAGUCACUACAGACAAAGCAACUUGUGGCUGUCAAGAUAAUCGAUAUUGAUCAGAGCGAUACUAUGAACCCUGGCAUGUCCGACACAUAUAGCGACCUGCUCAAGGAGCUCAAUGCCCUGCAGCUUCUUCGAGUGUCCGGCGCCAAAAACAUCAACCACGUUAUUGAGGCUCUCCCUGUCGGCCAGUCCAUGUGGGUAAUUACAGAGUACUGCGCUGGAGGUAGUGUCUCUACCCUCAUGCGUCCAACUGCUCCCGGUGGGUUGCAGGAGAAAUGGAUAAUACCCAUCCUGCGUGAGGUGGCCGAAGCCUUGUAUUGGGUUCACGACCAGGGCGUUAUUCAUCGAGACAUCAAGUGUGCCAAUGUUCUUGUCACUGAGGAGGGCAACGUGCAACUCUGCGACUUUGGUGUUGCCGGUGUUAUCGAAAAUAAGUUUGACAAGCGUACGACCAUGAUCGGAACACCGCACUGGAUGGCUCCGGAACUUUUCGAUCCCACCAUCUCGUACGGUACUGAGGUUGACAUUUGGGCCUAUGGUGCGUUAGUCUACGAGAUUGCGUCGGGAAUGCCUCCAAAUGUGUCUGCUGGGAUGGACCUGUCAAAACUCGGGGCAUAUUUGAAGCAGCACGCCCCUCGCCUAGAGGGUGACCAAUACUCUGCCGGACUCAAGGACCUCGUUGCAUACUGUAUGCAGCACGACCCAGCCAAGAGACCGCCAAUUACGAUGAUCCAGCGACACGGCUACAUAUACAAGACAGAAGAGGCCUACCCAAGCUCGUCCCUGUCUCACCUGGUACGGGGCUUCAAGCUCUGGGAAUCCCAAGGCGGUGCUCGAAAAUCGCUAUUCAACCUGGGAGGCGCACAGGCGCCAGCAGAUAUAAGUACCAUGCCUUUCCCGAAUGACGAGUGGAACUUUAGCACCACGGCGGCAUUCGACCAACAAGUCUUCAACAACGGCGAUGCACAGGACGUCUAUGAUGUCUACGGCACCAAUGUGGAAGUGGACCUGGCUCAAGAAGAUGCCUACGAAGAGACAGCUCGACCACGACAAAAGGGAAAAGGACGCAGACGCCCGCCGCCGCAUCUGCCCUCGGUCAAAGUGCCGCUUGAGAAGCUAUUCGACCCCAACACCAUGACGAGUUACGAAGACAACUCGCGAACCUACUACGGGAGACCGAUGCUGCCUCCUCCAGCUUCGGACCUACCUCUCCGGGACGACUCGGCCCCGACAUCUGAUGUCCGUGAAUCACUCAUUGACCUGGACGCCUCGUUUGACGCAAUCGGUGCCGAACCAGGCGACUUCCACUUUGAUACCAUGACGUCUGGGGAUUCACUGGACUACAAUGAUUACGGUGGCCCGGAGAACGCGCCACUGAGUGACCCUGCAGACGGGAGAGACAAUAGACGUACACAAGAUUGGACAUUCCCCUCACAACCCAUGCCGGCAUCAGCGAAUCCGGACCUGGCCGGGUUCCCUCACUCAGACGGGCCCCCAAGCAUAGAAACUUUCAAAUUUCCAAUGGCCCCGGAUGAUGGCCGACCAACACUGGUACAUCGUCCGACAGAGCCUCUCCCCCCGUCUGCAACUUUCAACGACCUGGCACCCUCUGCGCCGCCAAACAUGGACCUCCGCGCAUCCAUGGGCAGUUUGAUCGAUCUAGAUAUGAGCUUGGCAGAUCCGCCCGCACCCUUCGCCCGCCCGUCGACAUCACACUCCGAGGCCGGCUCCGUCAGCGGAUCCGAGUUCGGUGGUGGCAACCCCUUCGAGCUGGAGAAGCACGCCUCGGUCUACGCCAUGCCCUCGACAUACCGUGAGCCGUCUAUAUUCGUCUCAGAUGACUCCGAGUUCUCCCACGCGGUGGCCGAGCUGUCCCUCAGCAACAGCGAAAGGGGAUACCCGGAUGACCAGCUUCCUGUCGAUAACACCAAUCUUCAGGAGCCCUCGCCUGUCUCUACGGCCACGGCAAGGCCCUACUCUCUCAGCGAGUUUGCUGGCAUGGACCCCGAAGAUAUGGACGACCCUACGCCCAGCGCGAAUGCACCAGCCUCCCAGGAUAUCGAGUACUUCCCUCCCUCUGUGUCCCAGCAGGAUCUCCAGCGCGAGCUAGAUGAACACAUCAGGCAGAGUGGUGGCAAGGCUCUUCCCCCACUGCCCGUCGCUCCCUCGCCCCAGGCUAUGCAGGGCCAGGCAUCGAGCCACGAGGUCAAGGACGAGCUGCGUCGUAUGGCCAUGACGCUGAGGGAACACCUCGGCUAUGUCAAUACCCAUCUCUCCGGGAUGUCUGCCGAGAGGAGAACUAGCAACUCGAUGAGGCUGGAACCUGUCGAGGGUGUGCUUUAG